UGAGACGGGAGAGGAGUAGAAGUAGAAGAUUUGGCUCUAAAUAAUAUUGGAAUCCUAAGGGUUGUUUGUUAGUUUCGGGGUCGUUUGGUUCGGAAGUUUAAGUUAUAAUUUUGAGAUUAUAAUGUUGUGUUUGGUUUGUGUAUUUUGAUUUAUGGGUAUGAUUUUGAUCCUAAGAUUUGAGUUCAAGAAUUUCAUUUUUUAGUUAAAUUACUCUAUUAAAGUUAUUGUUCUUCUCUUUAGCGAGUUGGGUUAGGAAGCAUAUUGCAAUUUGUUUGAAAUUUGUACAGAGAGUAAAAGACUGGAUUUUUUUAAAUUUUUUUUUGUUAUUUGUUGUAAAAGACAGGAUUUUUAUCUAUUAAGAAGUGUUUUGGGGUCAGGAUACUUCAUUUUUACAUUCUGUUCAUAUGAAUUCAGAUAAAGGAAUGAUGUGGUUUCUGAAUAGUUGAGGUAAGAUGCCUUGAUUUAUUUUUUUUCGUUUAUAAUUGUUUUCCUUGGUAGCUCUAUAUGGUAGGAUCAAGGUCAUGUUGAGACUUUAGUCAUUUAAUGUAUGAGUAGUUUUAGGUUUUCUGGUUUAUGCUUAUGUUGUAUUAUUGUGAUGGUUUUGCUGCUUUUUAUGAUUUGAGUAUAUGUAACCCUUAGAUAUAAAGUUUUAUGGCUUAUAUAGUGUGAAGUGAGGGUUGCUUGUAGCCGACGGUUGAAUCUAAUGUACUGAUAGCACAACACACAGAGGAGUAAGCCCAGUGGCAAAUUAUUUUGGCUGAAAAUGCUUAAUAUCCUCCAUAAUGUUUCUGUGCUGAAGAGGAUUUCUGAUCUAACACCAGAAAAUUGAUUCCAAAGAAGGUAUACAAAAAAUGUUAUGCUAUUUAUUCUUUUUUCUUUCAAAGGUAUAAAAAGAAAGAAAGGUUCACUUUCUUUCAUUUCAGGGUAUAACAAGCCCAAGUAUUCUGUUUUUAGAUACUUAAAUUUUGUCCUGCUCACUUUUUUGCUUAAAAUUUGGUUUGAAUCUAUUGUAAGCUGUGUGCUAUAUAUGAGAUUUUGGUUUUUGCUCAUGUGCUAUUUCAAAUGUCGGCUCUUUCAAGGCAACAACUUAUUGGUAUGUGCAAGUCUGUGCAGAUAUGUUCCGUUUUUUAUCUAAAAGCGAAGAGAACUGUUAUGAAAUUGGUCGAAGAAAAUUGGUAUAUAUUUUAUGCACUUAUCGCAUCUGUGUGCAGGUUGUCUUUUGAUAGGGGCCUUUCACUUUCAGAAUAGCAAAUCUGCAUUUCUAUGUUGUUUCAAAAUCUCGGUGUGAAAAUGUAAUUACAUACUUAGUAAUGUGAGCCACAUUCCACUUAAUGGUCCAUGAGUUCUGUUGAUAUUUUUUAGUUACUGAUACUUCAUACCUUUGUUAUGCUUUUUUUUUUUCUUGGUUUAUGAUCUGUCUGGUUGUCUUAGGUCUAUGCCUUGGAUCUGUAAGCAUAUACAUCUCUUUUUCCGUUGAAUAUUUAUAAUCGGCAUCCUUUUAAUGUUUUGUGCAACAAAUAGUUGAGUUUGACACCCAAGGGUGUGAUCUAGUGGUCAAUGAAGUGGGUUGAGAACCAUGAGGUCUCAGGUUCAAAUUCCAGUAGAGGCAAAAACGCUAGGUGAUUUCUUCUCAUUUGUCCAAGCCUUGGUGGACAAAGUUACUUGGUACUCUGAUGGUGGUAGGUGGCAUGUAUCCUGUGGAAUUAGUCGAGUGGGAGCAAGCUGACCCGAAUACCAUGGUUAUUCCAUAAAAAAAAAAAAGAUAGUUGAGUUUGCACUUAAUUGUUGUAUCAGUACUCUUAGAAAAUUAUUGAAUAUAGAUAGCAUUUGCUAUCUUAGAAAUUUUUUAAUCCAAACUUCAAAAGUUAAUUACAUUAAAAAAUUUCCCAAUAUGUGUGAUCUCAUGUUUUAUCAUCAUGAACUGUUAUCUCUAAAUGGAAAUUUUAUAUGCUGAGAUUGAUGCACUCUAGGAUUUCCUGAAUCUGAUUAACUUGAGGGAUGAAAGGUCUUGUUCCCUUCCUCUUGGUGUGUAGGAAUAACAUAUGCCAGCCCCUCUCUAUAUAUUAAUCCUCAAUCUGGAAUAACCUGUUCUUUCCGAAUAUGCCAAUUUAAGGCUAAAGAUUUUCUUCAGCUCAUAGUUUUCAAUUUCUUGCACCUAAAAAGUUAAAUGUGUAAUGAUAUUUUACAGAAAUGAAAAUGUAUGCAAAACAAAGAAGCUUCAUUUUUAAUGAAGACCGCUUGAGCAGACUACCAGUACCAGAUGCUAUCCCUCAUCCAUAUUCUCUCCUUAUUGCCAUCAAAAGCUGUUGUCAACACAAUGUUAAUUAGAAGAUUUCAUCACCUCUAGCCAUUCGUCCACACACUCACUUUUGAUUUUGUUUCCAGAACACGACUGUGACUAUUAUAGUCAAAACUGUUUGUCCUGAGUAUGACGAAAGGUUCUUGAAUUUCGUUCUUCACGUGCUUCUUCGUAGCAAGAGCCCAAGUCUUCAUACGUUCUGCCUUGAUUUUCAUUUUAGCUUAACUCAUUCAAUUCGGCAAUGAGUAUCCAAUAGAACAGACAUACGGCAGAAUGAUUUUUCUGAGGACUGAGAAAAGGAUGCUAAAGAAAUUGGUACCUGGAUCCAGUUUGCAUUAAAUGAGAAUUUGAAGGUCCUUGACUUGUCAUUCUUUGUCCAUGGUAUUUUUGAGCCACAUGCUUAUAUGAUCUGUGUAAUUGUGUUCUAAGCAGUCCUCAUUUGGUUGAACUCCAGUUGGCAUUCUGUAAGAUAAAUACAAAAAAGAGACUUCAUCUCACUCUUCUUUUUUGUAAUUAUCAAAAAAGAUAAAUACAAAAAAGAAGAGUGAGAUGAAGUCUCUUAACAACAUUUUCUCUUGAUAACGUUAUACUAAUGGAUCAAUCGAUGGAUUAUAUUCUAUAUGGUUUCCCAAUUCUUGAGGAAUUGACGUUGUUGUUUUGCUAUGGCCAUAGAAGAGUGGUUCUGCUCAAUUCGAAUUUAAAGACAUUGGUACUUGGCAUUAGAUGGUUUGUAACAAGGACACAUGUCUCCUGUCCAACUCCUAUCAUUAAAUAUGUUUGAAACCGUGGAGGUCAGAGGUCUUGGAUAUUACAAAUGUUGCAUCUAUUGUUUAAGUGUCUGCCAAUUGUAUGGAAGAAUUUGACUUCGGAGAGUACAGGGAUUACCAAGAGAGGAGAAUAUUCCUCCAAACAAUUACUGGGGCCAAAAGUCUCAAGCUAUGUUCCUGGUUUGCUCUGUACGCACUUCUUCUCUUUUUUCACAACUUCUCCAGGUAUAGUUAUGAUUUCUGACUCUAUUGAGAGAUAACUUUAUAGGUGAAUUUACUAACUAUGAACUUUUCUAUUCAAGAGAUAGAAUAUCAGUACAUUUAUGGACUAGAGGGGUUAUGGUGUUGGAUAUUGUCUUUAAUGCCUCAGGUUUUGGCAUCUGCCAAUACUUCAUGUACAGUGUGCAAUCAGUGUUUUAAUGCUUUUGUUACUUACCUUGUGGUAGUCAGGACAAGUCCUAGUUGAUCAUGACUUUGGUUUUGUGCUUCUCUACUUCUCUUAAGAAAAGUUAUGAGAAAAGGAAAGAUUUAUUUCAAUGUCAUCAGAAUAACCCCCCGCAUGCUGUUUUUGUAAAACUCAGAGUGGUAGAUAAGUCAAUAUGAUAUGUCCUACAGCAUAGUUGGCAUAUUUUUGCAUGUAUAUUGUAUAGUGAAGCUGUCACAUUUUUGUAAAACUCAGAAUGGUAGAUAAUUAGUAUGAUUAUUUGGUUACUUCUUCAAUGCUAGACAGUAAAAACUCAAAAAUAUAGUGAAGCUGUCAUAUGACUCUAGGCUACUUCUUCUAUGCAAUUUAGAUGGCUAAUUUUCAUGGUUCAGUAAGAAGUCUUUGCAUCAAAUUUGGUUGAUGUAUUAUUUUUUGCUAUUGUAAGAACUCCUUGAUGACAUUCUUUAUCAUGCCAAUUCCUAAGGAAGAGAAACCCUUGUUUUCUUGAUCAUUUAAUAGCAUGUUCAUAGUGCAUAGAAUCAUUUCCCUUUAGCCAUAAUCCUUCGCCAACACCAUUUACUUAUGUUCUGAAGUACACUCCAAAUUUGUGCAUAGUAUCAAAUGUGUUUGUGCUUAAUUUGAACUUAAAAACAGUAUGUUUUCAUGGUCUAGAUAUGCAUUGUUCAACAAAAUAGAUAGAAGAUAUUCAUGUUUCACAUAGCAACAAAAACAUUUGAUCAAUACGAAAAUCUAUUUAUUUAGUUUCUUUUAUCUUUUGUGUUUAAUUUUUGUCUGCCUAGGUAAUUUCUUCGUGGCAAUUGAAAAAUCUACCAUCUCCGGCCUUCAGCAGCAAAUCCCUUCAUCUUCAAUUGGAUUUAGUGAAAUGGCACCUACCAGGAAUACUGAACUUGCUGAAGCACUGUCCUUGCUUGAAGAAUCUUAUCAUCAUAAUAACUUCUUAUGAAUCUACAUUCCAUGGACACUAAAGAUUUGGCAACAUUUUGGUUUCAGACACUGAACACACUCUCAUGGACUCGCCCAUAUGAGUUUGAUGCGGAUGAAUAUUGGAAUAUGGUAGAUUCUCCUGUCCAGUGCUUGACUCAUCACCUCAAGAAGGUGGUGGUAGCUGGUCAUGCAAUGAAGAAGCAGGUGAUUCAGUAUCUGGAAUAUUUGUUCGAGCAUUUCGUGGUGUUAGAGGAAAUGAAGAUAUUCGCGGAAAAGCAGGUUGUUGUAGGCAUUGAUUCUAGAUCUGUUGUUGGUGAAGUUCGUUGUUGUUGAAAGUGAUUCCAGAUCUACUCUUCUGAUGGCUCUGUGUUGAUCUUGGCAGUAAGAUUCCUGUUCUUCCUGUGUUGUUGGCUGGUUGUCAUCUGGAGGCUCUUUGGGGGGUGUGCAUCUCUCCUGUGCUUUCUGAACUUGCUGAAAUGAAUAUGUCUGCAAAACAAAGAAGCUGUGUUUUUAACGAAGACCGCUUCAGUGGACUACCAGAUGCCAUCCUCAUCUAUAUUCUCUCCUUAUUGCCAUCAAAGGAUGUUGUCAACACAAUGUUAAUUAGAAGAUUUCAUCACCUCUGGCCAUUCAUCCAGACACUCAAUUUCGAUCAAUGCAUGUGGCCGGGGCACAUAUGUGACUGCUAUGCUCGAGCUAGUCGCCCAAUCUAUGAUGAGAAGUAUGUUAACUUUGUUCGUCAUGUGCUUCUUCUUCAUAAGGGCCCAACUAUUCAUAAGUUCUGCCUUAAGUUUCAUUUUAGAUCAUUUUAUGAAUUUUGGCAAAGAACAUCCGGCAGAACAGACAUAUGGCAUUAUGAUUUCCUGAGGAGUGAGAAAAGGAUGGCUAAUGAAAUUGGUGCCUGGAUCCAGUUCGCACUAAAUAAGAAUUUGGAGGUCCUUGACUUGUCUUUCUAUGAGCAUGGUACAGAUCAGCCACAAGCUUUUUAUGAUCUGCCUAGUUGUGUUCUAAGCAGCCCUCAUUUGGUUGAACUCCGGUUGACAUACUGUAAGAUAAAUUUAAAAAGGAAGAGUGAGCUCAAGUCUCUAAAAACAUUAUAUCUUGAUAAUGUUAUGCUAAUGGAUCAGUCAAUGAAUUAUAUUCUAUCUGGUUGCCCGAUGCUUGAGGAAUUGACGCUGCAGCUUUGCUAUUGCCGUAGAAGAGUGGUUCUGCUCAAUUCAAAUUUAAAGACAUUGAAGCUUGACAUUAGAUGGUUUCAACCCAGGAUACAUGUCUCCUGUCCAACUCUCCUAUCAUUCGAUAUGUCUGGAGCUGUGGAGGUGCUGGAUAUUGCAAAUGUAGCAUCUAUUGCUGAAGUAUCUGUCAAGCGUAAUCUAAUAUUUGACUUCAAUGAGGACAAUAAUUACCAAAAUUUGAGAAUAUUCCUCCAAACAUUUAGCAGGGCCAAAACUCUGAAGCUAUGCUCCUGGCUUGCUCUGGCAUUUUCUGUGUGGCAGUUGAACAAUCUACCAUCUCCUACCUUCAGCUGCAAAUCCCUUCAUCUUCAAUUGGAUUUUGUGAUAUGGCACCUACCAGGAAUACUGAACUUGCUGAAGCACUGUCCUUGCUUGGAGAAUCUUAUCAUCGAAAUUACUUCUUACGAUGGAUUUACACCCUACAACGCACUCUCCUGGAUUCACCUAUAUGAGUUUGAUGCUGGUGAAUAUCGGAGUAUGGUAGAUGUUCCUGUCCAGUGCUUGAUUGAUCACCUCAAGACGGUGGAGGUAGCUGGCUUCGUAAUGGAGAGACAGAUGAUUCAGUUUCUGGAAUAUUUGCUCGGGCAUUCCAUGGUGUUACAGAAAAUGAAGAUAUUUGCAAAAAAGAAAACCUCUGGUAAGGCUUAUGAAACCUCUAACCCAAAUAGUCUUACAUCUGGUAAGGCUCAUGAAACCUCUGACCCAAAUAGUCUUACGUCUGAUAAGGCUCCUGAAACCUCUGACCCAAACAGUCUUACGUCUGAUAAAGCUCAUGAAACCUCUAACCCAAAUAGUCUUACAUCUGAUAAGGCUCAUGAAACCUCUGACCCAAAUAGUCUCAAGUCUGAUAAGGCUCGUGAAUAUAAAGAGAGGCUUCUGAAUGCACCAAAAGCCUCUGCCGCUGCUGCAGUGUUCUUCUACUGAGGUGAACCCUUCAGACGUAUUUAAUUAGAUGCUUUUAGUUUGAACAGUUUGUUUCUGGGAACUCUCUUGCAAUAAACAGUUAGCUGUUAUUGUUAUAAGUUGUAAAACUCCUGAUAACAAUAUGCACAAUGAAUUGUGCUGUGGACACAGUUUCCUGCAUUUUCUGUAAUAACUGUUGAACGGUUUUCCUGUUGGAUGUUAUAAAGUUUUUCUGUGAAAUUUCAUUUA